CGACGGCGUUAUGGGACGAUCGGUUUCGCAACGUUCAAGCGUCCGCUUGUGAACUUACUUCUUUCUUAAGGGGAAAACGCGCUCGCUGUCCGCGUCUCGAGCUGAUAAAAAUAACUGCCAAGUUUAGUCAUCAGCUGGCCGCGCGUACAGCGUAAUCUAUGUACUCUUACGAAGCUGCACGAGACGUGAAAUAAAUUCCACGCGUUCCUACGAAACACCGUGGAGGAAAUGAUGUAUGUUAAAAAUUUUACAUAAUACAGUGACGUUUUUUUGGUAAACACACUAGAGUAUUUUUGAUUUAUGGAACGAUCGGCGUUAUUAAGGGCACGACGAGCAUACGAGAUUGAAGGCCGUUCGGUGUGUAUUUUCGUUUGUCCCGUGCAACCUGCGUUGCAGAUCCGGCAAUUCCGACACACAAACGGUAUCACCGAAAACCAUUUAUCGUAGCAGGAAGCACAGCUUCUAACCCGCGUUGUCUCUCGAACUGUUUUUGGAUCGCGGCGUUGCCGAUACCCUCUUCGUCCGAACCGAGCUUUUCGCGUUGGACCUUCUUACGAUUCUCGUGUGUCCUGACCACUGCGCCAUCUACAGAAAUAAAAUGAAUAAAUUUAAACAGCCGAUACCACUUCUGGUUCAGGCUCCACUCGAUUAACAUCUAGCAGUACCAGACACGCUACACAAUGAGGUAGAAUUUGCCUUCUCCAUUUAUGAUGCCGAUGGCACGAUGGUCGUUGAUUGUGUUGACCUUGGCAACGUUCUCCGGGCUCUCAACUUGAAUCCUACAAACGCCACCAUAGAGAAACUUGGGGGAACGAAAAAGAAGGGCGAGAAGGUGAUGAAACUCGACGAAUUCUUGCCGAUCUACAGCCAAUGCAAAAAGGACAAGGAACAGGGAUGUUACGAAGAUUUCAUGGAAUGUUUAAAACUAUACGAUAAACAGGAGGAUGGAACGAUGCUUGGUGCUGAACUUUCACACAUAUUGCUUGCACUUGCGUUCCUCCGCAGAUUGUGCGAUAGAGCACAAGAAAGCUCUGAAUGAAGUGGCAACGCGGCAACCAUAACAUCAGUAUCCAUUCAUCGGCAAACUCCACGUCACCGAGGGACGUUCAUUUUUCAUCAUCCUACUCAUCCCCUGUUAAGGAAUCUUUUGAGCGCCACAUUUCUCAUAUUUUUGCACAGAAACGACAAGACACGAUUCGAAUCAACAUCAUGGUCGUCGAGUUUGGUUGGAAAAUAAAAAUGAAACGUUGAAAAACUAACAUGAAAUGCUGUAAUCAAAGAACACGCACAUCUGUUCGAUUCGAUGAAAUGUAUCGUUGAGAUGUAUGUACUUACAAUAGGAAACGAUGUAUAAUAUACUAAUAUAUAUGUUAUAUUAACGAUGUACGAAAUCGAAUGAAAAAAGCGAUGUUACUUGACCUUUUAUCGUUUUCCAUUUAAUAAACUGUACCCUCUGUAACGAGGAGUGCCAAAAGUUUCUCAUUGUUGACAGUCUUCCAGGGAAAUCUUAAGAAGAAGGAAAAAUUUGCCGAUUUGUACGUCCGUCUUAUAUCUUCACAUGUUCGGAUGAUAUAAUUAUGAUGUAAAUAAAAUUAUAAAAACACAUUUUGUACAAAUCCAAAACGUCUGUGUUUUUGUAUAAAUUAUAUGUAUAUUGUCAGAUCGAUUUGAUCACUCGACUGCCAGAAGGAUCAAAUCGAUCAACGAGAGGAUUAGCAAUUAGCGUAUCAUUCUGCUUAAUAUUGGUACAAUUGCAUUCUUUCUUUUUCUCAAAUAUAUUUCUGCAGCCGUAGCCGAGAAUAUUCUUUCAAUACAAUAA